GGCAUCACCCUCUCUCCAUCCAGGCUGCGUGAACGAUUGACAAGAAGGGCCCAAAUAAAGGUGUUUUCGACUAAGUGCACACGCAAGAAGGUCUUAGGGACGUGGAAGCCGGUCGGUAUAAAUCUGUCCUACACUGAGUGAGUACAUAUUCACAGAGAUACAUACACAACACAAACAUACGUAGCACAUGGGUAUACAAAGAGAGGAAGAUACAUAACAGGCCAUCCAAUUGCGCCACCGUGUCUGUCUGUCUGGCUGGCUGUCUGUCUGGCUGUCGGCCGGUUGUGUGUGACACAUAGGUGGAUGGGUGCACACCCUGACGGCUGGACAGAGGAAGAUCGGUCAGUCAGUCAGUGGGCGUUCUCGUCUCCUCCUCGCUCUCCUCCUCCUCGUCGUCGUCAUCAUCGCCAUCAUCGUCAUCCUCAUCUGCAGACCAAUGCAUUCACACACACAGGUAGGCAGGCAGGCAGGCAGGGAGGGGGACAGCCGGAUCCAAGGACACAAGUGAGUGUGGUGUCGGUCUGUUUGGCUGACCUUCGUCGACCUGCAUCUCCUGCGACUCGAGGAAUCCCUGGAUGUGGGCGAGGACGAGCCCCUCGAGAUGCUUGUCACGCAGGCUCAGCUCACCUGUACCCGCCACGCAGACAGACAGACAGACAGAUGGGCAGACAUGGAUGGAAGGAAUGGAUUUGACUGACUGGCCGACCCUUGGCGACGAUUUCGUCGAGGCAGAGGACGAGGAAGUUCUCGAUGACGUUCUUCUUCCGCUGUGCGUCCAGCUUGCGCCAGGCUGUCAUGUGGGCGCGGUUGCUGUUGUAGCAGAAGAAGCAGUCCCACUCCUCCUUGUCGUCGGGGUGGGGCAGCGUCAGCUCGUCGAACUCGAUGUCAUCUGACGAUGGAGGCAGCUGUGUGUGUCUGUGUGAGUGUGUGUUGGUUGGGUGCAUGUGUCUGCGCACCGCGGGUGAAGUUGCAUUUCUUGAGGAACUCGUCGGUGGCCUCCCGCUCCUCAGGAGCCCUGCACGAUCAACCAAAAGACACGACAUCCGCCAGGCACACACCCAUCAUGAUGUGUGUGUGCGUGGUGUCAUUGCACACACAUGUAUGGCAGCUGUAGACGGUCGAAUAUGUCCUUCUCGCUCGCACAGGCGAUGUGUUCACUCGAGUAUGCGCCGCCCUCAUACUUGUACAGAUUCUUGUUGUUGAGGGUGUAGCCCUGCGAAUGGCCGUGCGACGAGCAGACGCCGUACGCUGCUCGCACCGCCACCACCCGCCCACCUGUCGGCUGGCAAACUUUGCGAUGGCCGUGUUGAAGUCGCGCGAGCCUGAACAACCCACAACACACAAUCCACAACGCAUCAUGCACAGAUAGUGUCGUGUGGUGUGUUUUGUGUGCUGACCGGUGAAGUACAGGAGGCCGCAUGUCUUCUCCUUCUUCGGCUGGAACUGAGCCGCAUAAGCAGACCACACACACAGGGAAUGAUUUGGUUCACGGCUCUUUCUGCAUGGAUCAGGUGUGGUUACGAUGAGGUCGACGCGUCGGUUGAUGUUGGUGCCGGGCAGACGGCCGAUGCCAAACACGGUGUGGGGGCACUGGUACUGCCCAAGACACACCACGCACCAGCAAGCACAUACAAAGCAGGGGAUGUGUGUGCAUGUCCGUGUGCGAUGCGAUGGUGUGUACCACUUCCUUGUCCACAUUGCGGCCCGAGAGAUCGUCGUGACCCAGGUAGUACUUCUCGGUCUGCCCGAUGAUGUCCACCAGGUAGCCGUCUGACUGCAAACUGCACACAACCAUUGCACACCAACCACACCACCGCCCGACUCGCCCACUUGUGGCGUCACUCACCGCUCGACGAUGGGCUCGAUCUCGGUCUCGAAGUAGUUGUCAUGCUGAUGGACACACACAUCAGCGUACAAAACAUGAAUUUGUGUGUGUGCCAACCGUCCCUUUGCUGUGUGUGCAUUUCUCACGUUGGGUACGAUGAAUAUGUCGACGUCGCCACAGGUGUCCUUCAGGCGGCGGUACGACCCCACACACAUCACCUCCAGCUCGUUGUUCGGGAACAGCUUCUCUACCGUGCCCUUGAUGUAGUUGAAGUGCUGCAGCCACCCAGCCAGGCACACCAGACAGACAAACGGCACCCAUGUGCGUGUUGGUGUGUGCGUACGGUGAUGUGGUGUACCUGUUCCACCUCUGCGCGAGGGAUGGGCUUCACAAUGUCACCGUGGUGCUUGAGCCAUACCUGCACACACACACACACACACACAGAGGCAGGACAGACAGACAGACAGACACGUGAAAGGCACCCAUGCCGAUGCCACCCAUGCUGCCCACAUUCGGCGCAUCCCCACCUUCUGGCCGGCAUCGAGUAGGUGGGGAUCCUCAUCGAGUGCAGCCUGGAGCUCAGCCAACGUGUUGAUGCCUGCAUGCAGGCAUCCACCACCCACAUGCGUCUGUGGCCUUUGUCCGCCUUUCUGUCUGUCUGUCUGUCUGUCUGUCUGAGUACCCUUGCAGUACAGCUGAAGAGCGAGGGGCGGGAACAUCCACUUGAUGUCCUUGCUGAGGAUGUCAGUCGAGCUGCAGCCACACAGACAGACAGCACACGACGAAGACAAAUUUGGUUUGUGCGCCGGAGUGAACGUGUUGUGCUGCUGCAUGUGAGCAGCCUGACUGUCGCUCUCCCGUACCCGAUGUCAGCGGCGCCACCAGAGGAUGAUGCAGCAGCCAUUCUGACACGCCCGACGAGGGAAUAUGGUCAGCUGAUUGCUCAGAUCUGGGUGUCUGCUGAACUACUCCCGUCGGCCUCCGCUCUCCAGGGCAGGCUGAAAAGGUUUAUCUCAAGAGAUAGCGGUACUCAUUCCGGCGCUCGCGAAAACCCC